UGUCAAUUGCCAAUCGUGUCCGAUACAGAACGAAACAAACACAACCGUUUCCUCAGCCGGUAUGUGCACUCGCGACUGUUACCGUGUGUUUGGUUAUUUUCUCGGCUUUCUGUGGAUGGUCAGUGCCGUGUACUAUACGACCGAAACGGUCGAACUGCUGAAGCUGAUGCGGUUACGGUGCGAUAAGGUGUCCGGGUCGUUACGCGCUCCGGACGACGGCGGUGACGACGCCGUGCCGGACGCCGGUCCGGCUCGGUUACAGUUUAGCACGGAAAUGAUUGCCCGCGUGUGUGAGUUCUACACCCAUCUGGAUGUGUUUUUACCGUACCACAUCAUCACGACCAUCAUCAAAAUGACGCCCGGUGUACUGCUGGUGGUUGGAAUAUUUAAGAACAACAUCACGCUGGUGCAGGUGUUUGCGGUGUACGGUCUGCUCGAGGAGUGUUUCUUUGUGAUUGUGUUUUCGAAAAUAUUUGCCGUCAUACAAGCGAUCAACACGUCCGUCUGGAUCUAUUGGAUUAUUGUUAUAUUUUGCUUGAAGCUGUUUUUCGCCAUCUGGAUACUGUUGGGUGUGUAUGCGGCGGUACAGCCCCGUAGCAGGGCAUCCCGUCCUCCGCGCGUUUAACGCACCACUACCAAAUAACAACGCAG